AUGGCUUUGGAUUACACCACCUUUUACAAUGUCAUCGACAACGAAUUGACUUCCACGUCGCAAACCCGUCAUGGCAUUAACCCAGCCAAUUGCCAGCCCAACCCUGAAGUGCCCGUCUCGACAGCAGAAGAUCUCGAUCGCGCAGUGGGCGCUGCCAGCCGAGCGUUUCGUCAAUGGUCACGGACCUCGUAUGAUGAGCGCCGCACUGCCAUCCAUUCCUUUGCUGAUCGCAUCGCGGCCAAUAAGGAAGAUCUGGUGGGACUUUUGUCCCGCGAGCAGGGCAAAUCAUUGAGCCAGGCAUCGACCGAGCUGGACAUGGCCAUUCAGUGGACCCGUUCGCUCAGCUCCAUCAUUAUUCCCAAGACGGUCGUCAAUGACACAGACGACCGGGAGGUAAUUCAGCGGUAUAUCCCUAUCGGUGUAGCCGCUGCUAUUGUGCCCUGGAAUUUUCCUGUACUGCUGGCUAUCGGCAAGAUUGUCCCAGCUGUGUAUACGGGUAAUACUAUCAUCGUCAAGCCCUCCCCAUACACGCCAUACUGUGGUUUGAAAUUGGCGGAACUGGCAACACAAUGCUUUCCGCUGGGUGUGGUGCAGGCUCUCAGUGGGGGCGACGAUCUGGGACCGAUGAUUACCGAGCACCCGGGUAUUCAAAAGAUUAGCUUCACGGGCUCGAUAGCUACUGGCCAGCGUGUCAUGGCUAGUUGUGCUAAGACGUUGAAGAAAGUGACAUUGGAACUGGGCGGGAAUGACCCCUGCAUUGUCUGCGAAGAUGUAGACAUCGAUGCUAUAAUUCCUCAGAUUGCUUUCCUCUCCUUUUUGUGCUCAAGUCAGAUCUGCAUGAUGAUCAAGCGCCUCUAUGUGCACGAGAAGAUUUACGAUGAGUUCCGCGAUAAACUCGUGCAGCAUGUCCAAAGCUUGAAGAUGGGCGAGGGAACCGAGCCGCAUGUGUUUAUCGGGCCUCUGCAGAACAAGAUGCAGUACGACAAGGCUACCGACCUUCUUAACAACAUCCAUUCUAGCGGCCUGAGCACCUUCUCGAGUAAUCCCAUUCCAGGCCGGACAGGCUACUUCAUCACUCCAACAAUCGUCGACAACCCGCCCGAGACAUCCCGGGUGGUGCAGGAGGAGCCGUUCGCCCCUAUCCUCCCUCUGCUGAAAUGGUCCGACGAGACGGACGUGCUGGCGCGCGCCAACAACACAGACUACGGCCUAGGAGCAUCCGUCUGGAGUCGCGACUUGCAGCGCGCACGACGCAUGGCAGAUCAUCUCGAGGCGGGCUCAGUCUGGGUGAACUCACAUUUCGAUUGUGCACCCUUCGCACCCUUCGGAGGACACAAGAAGAGCGGUCUCGGAGUGGAGUGGGGAUUGAACGGACUGACAGGAUGGUGCAAUUCGCAGACUCUGUGGUUACCAAAGCUUUAA